AGCGUGCUCCCGGGGUGCACGGCAUUCCCACAUCCCGGAGCGUGCUCCCAGGGUGCACAGCAUUCCCGUGUCCCGGAGCGUGCUCUCGGGGUGCACGGCAUUCCCACAUCCCGGAGCGUGCUCCCAGGGUGCGCAGCAUUCCUGUGUCCUGGAGCCUGCUCCCGGGGUGCACAGUAUUCCCAUAACCCAGAGUGUGCUCCUGGGGUGCACGGCAUUCCUGUGUCCCAGAGUGUGCUCCUGGUGUGCACGGUAUUCUCACAUCCCGGAGCGUGCUCCCGGUGCAUGCAGCCUCCCCGCGUCCUGGAGCGUGCUCCCGGUGUGCGAGGCAUUCCUGUAGCCUGGAGUGUGCUCCCAGUGUGCGAGGCAUUCCUGUAGCCUGGAGUGUGCUCCUGGUGCGUGAGGCCUCCCCACAUCCCAGAGCGUGCUCCCGGAGCAUGCGGCGUUCCCGCAUCCCGGAGCGUGCUCCCGGUGCGUGAGGCCUCCCCACAUCCCGGAGCGUGCUCCCGGAGCAUGCGGCGUUCCCGCAUCCCGGAGCGUGCUCCCGGAGCGCAAGGCCUCCCGCUAUCGGCACACCGUGUUUGCGCUGCCCCACCCGCCGCGUCCCAAGGGCUCCGGGCCUUAUCGCGCCCGGCGGCACUUAUUGACGUGCGGCCCCGGGGCUCUGUGCUGCCCCCGCGGAAAAGGUUCAGGUUCACCCAUGCGUGCGGGGACACGGCUGGCUGCGAGGGCUGGGGGAGGGCUGCACUCUCCCCGGCUCCUUGCACGCUCCCCGGCUCCCUGCACGCUCCCUGGCUCCUUGCACACUCCCUGGGCCCUGCACGCUCCCUGGCUCCCUGCACGCUCCCUGGCUCCUUGCACUCUCCCCGGCUCCUUGCACGCUCCCCGGCUCCUUGCACGCUCCCUGGCUCCUUGCACGCUCCCUGGGCCCUGCGCGCUCCCUGGCUCCCCACGCGUUCCCAGGUCUCUGCACACUUCCUGGUCCCUGCACGCUCCUGGAUUUCUGCCUGCUUCCUGGCUCCCCACGCGUUCCCAGGUCCCUGCAUGCUUCCUGGUCCCUGCACGCUCCUGGAUCCCUGCACGCUCCUGGGUCCUGGCAUGCUCCUGGUAGCCUGAACAGUCCCCAGCUCCCUGCGUGCUCCCCGUCUCCGCAUGCUCCCCAGGUCCCCGGGCGCUCCCGGCUCCCUGCACACUUCCAGAUCCCUGCACACUCCUGGAUCCCUGCAGGCUCCCCAUGCAUUCCCAGGUCCCUGUAGGCUCCUAGAUCCCUGCACACUUCCAGGUCCCUGCACGCUCCCCGUCCCCGCGUGCUCCCUGGGUGCUCCCGGCUCCCUGGACGCUCCCAGCUCCCCGGGCGCUCCCGGCUCCCUGGAUCCCUGCACACUUCCAGGUCCCUGCACGCUCCUGGAUCCCUGCACGCUCCCCAUGCAUUCCCAGGUCCCUGCAUGCUCCUGGAUCCCUGCACACUUCCAGGUCCCUGCACGCUCCCUGUCCCCGCAUGCUCCCCAGGUCCCCGGGCGCUCCCGGCUCCCUGGAUCCCUGCACACUUCCAGGUCCCUGCAUGCUCCUGGAUCCCUGCACGCUCCUGGGUCCUGGCAUGCUCCUGGUAGCCUGAACAGUCCCCAGCUCCCUGCGUGCUCCCCGUCUCCGCAUGCUCCCCAGGUCCCCGGGCGCUCCCGGCUCCCUGCACACUUCCAGAUCCCUGCAUGCUCCUGGAUCCCUGCAGGCUCCCCAUGCAUUCCCAGGUCCCUGUAGGCUCCUAGAUCCCUGCACACUUCCAGGUGCCCGCAUGAUCCCCGGGUGCUCCCGGCUCCCUGGGCGCUCCCAGCUCCCUGGGCACUCCCGGCUCCCCGGGCGCUCCGCGGCCCCGCGCCGGCCCAGCACCCGCCUCAGGCGUCCCGUCUCCUGCAGGUGGGUCCCGGACGGAGGACGCUGCCCGGCGGAGCCGCCCCCGAGCCCCGCCGCCAUGAAGUGCCCGGCCGGCCUGCGAGUGCUGCUGCUGCCCGUCUGCGUCUCGCUGGCGCUGCUGGGGCUGCGGCUGCAGCAGGGCGCCCGGGAGCCCCUGGCCGCGUCGCCGGCCUUCUCCUGGCGGGAGGUGCCGGGGGGCAACGGCACGGCCGGGCCGGCGGCCCCCCGGCACCCGCUGCAGCCCCCCUACCCCUACCCCUACCGCUUCCUGCUCAACGAGCCGCACAAGUGCCGGGACCGGGCGCCCUUCCUGGUGCUGCUGGUGGUGACGGAGCCGCGGGACACGGCCGGGCGGCACGCCGUGCGGCACACCUGGGGCAACGAGAGCGCCGUGGGCGGCGUGGCCGUGCUGCGGCUCUUCCUCACCGGCGUGCACCCGGUGUUCGGGGCGCCGCUGCAGCGGGUGCUGGAGGAGGAGAGCGCCCUGCACCACGACAUCCUGCAGCAGGACUUCCUCGACACCUACAACAACCUGACGCUGAAGACGCUGAUGGGGCUGGAGUGGGUGAGCAAGCACUGCCCCGACGCCAGCUACGUGGUGAAGGCGGACCACGACGUCUUCCUCAACCUGGACUACCUGGUGCGGCGGCUGCUGCAGCCCCAGCUGCCCCCCAAGCGGGACUUCAUGACGGGCUACGUCUACCGCAACACGGGGCCGCUGCGCAACAAGGCCUACAAGUGGUACGUGCCGCCGGAGGUGUACCCCAACGAGACCUACCCGCCCUACUGCGGCGGGCCCGCCUACGUGCUCUCGGGCGACCUGGCGCGCAGGGUCUACGGGGCGGCCCAGGCGCUGCCCCUCAUCAACAUGGAGGACUCCUUCGUGGGGAUCUGCCUGCACGCGCUGGGCGUCCGCGUCACCAGCAGCCCCCGCGGCCUCUUCAACAUGUACAAGAUCGCCUACGACAAGUGCCGGUUCUCCAGGCUGGUCAUGGUGCACCACUACGGCCCCCGGGAGCUGCUCCAGCUCUGGCCCCACUUCCAGGCGCCGGAGCCGACCUGCCCCCCCUAGCAGCGGCGCCGGGGGGCCGCGCCGGCCCCCCGCCCGCCCCGGACUCCGGCCGCCCCCGGCUCCGCCGCGCUCGCUCGGAGCCGCCUCCGAACCUCUCGAGCCUCGGCCGAGCCGCCGCCGCGGCGUGUUCCCGCGAGGGUCCGCGCCGCCCCCGGGACUCGGACUCGCUGCGGGGAACCACGUUUGCUCUUUUUGCAUUACCGCGGAUGCCCCUUUUUUGCACAGCGUCCGCCGGGUUGGGUGUCAGGACACGUUAAGUUAUAGCAGUUUUAUUUGUAAAUAAAGGGGCCGGGACAGAGCCGGCCCAAGGGAA